AUGGCGGCUAGUGGAACACGUCGAUAUCAAAUACGAGAGAAAAUAUUUAGUUUUGGUGAUAAUUUUAAAAUAAAAGACGAAUAUGGUAAUGAUCAAUUUAUCGUUCGGUCAAAAUUAUUUAGUAUGGGUGAUAAAUUAAUGUUAGAAGAUACGAAUGGCAUACCGUUGAUUAAAAUUCGUCAGGAACUGUUACAUCUUCAUCCAACAUUUAAUAUUUUGGCUGCGUCAAAUGACGGUCUACUGGCUGUUGUCAAAAAGAAAUUUUCAUUUUUACGACCCAAAUUUGAAAUAGAAAGCUCUUUAUUUGGAUCAUAUGCACUUCAAGGUGUUGAUAUUUUUGCACAUGAAUUUCAAUUAGUGAAGAAUGGACAAGUAGUGGCGAUGGUUAAUAAGAAAAUAUUUUCUCUCAGUGAUACAUAUGGUGUGGAAGUAGCAGCUAAUGAAGACCAACCAUUUAUUCUAUCACUUGUUAUUGUCAUUGAUCAAAUUUUAUACGAUGAAAAAAAAUAA